UGGUGGAUUCCUGAUUCGUAUGUACACGUGUGCGCAUUGAUUGAUAAGGGAUAAGAUACUAUCAGUAGCUGAAUAAUGCCGGAAGAUAAUAGCUAUUUUUUUGAGGGGGUCGAGAAGUUGCUGGAGAUAUGGUUUUCUGAGAGUGCAAACAAUAUAGAUGACCUACGAACUAUACCUCGCGAAGAAUGGGAAGGUUUACUAAGGCAUGUCAAUUGUGAAAUUAUCAGCUUCUCCCGGAAUACGUUAAUCGAUGCGUAUGUAUUAAGUGAGAGCAGUAUGUUUGUAUCAAAGAGGAGGCUGAUUUUAAAAACAUGCGGCACAACGACUCCGCUGCAGUGCUUGGAGCCAUUUCUAAAGAUUGCAAAGCAGUACGGAUUUACAGAAAUAUGUGACUUGUUCUAUUCGCGAAAGAACUUUACUAAGCCCGAGGUUCAGUUGUCGCCACAUAGAGGCUUCUGCGAGGAAGUAACCUACUUGGACUCAAUCUUUCCAGAGGGAAGGUCUUACUGUUUGGGUUCAAUUAAUCAAGAAUGCUGGUAUCUCUACACUUUUAGCAAGUCUGAAGCUAUCAAUAUAAAGGAAGGUCCGGAAAAAGCAGAUCCCGACCAAACUAUUGAAAUUCUGAUGCAGAAUCUUGAUCCCAACAAGAUGACCAUUUUUACCAAAGAUAAGUUUUCGGAAGCCCAUGAAGCCACUUCAAACUCUGGAAUCGAUCAAAUAUUGCCAGAUAUGGAUAUUGACGAUUUUCUGUUUGAGCCUUGCGGUUAUUCGAUGAAUGGAAUCAAUAAAAAGGGCGAGUACAUGACUAUACACAUAACACCAGAGAAAAAGUUCUCCUACGUAAGCUUUGAGAGCAACGUGGCACUGGACAACUAUACGAAUCUUAUAAAUAAAGUUAUCAAGACAUUCCAACCCGCAAAAUUCAUUGUGUCGAUAUUCGCAAACAAAUCAUCCUUGGCGUAUGAAACUAUGAAGGAUCUGGAGAUCGAAUAUUCAAAGACGUCGUCGUGGAAUCGCACAAAUAUGCAGUGCUGCAAUUUUCCAUCCUAUAAUCUCCUGUUUGCUCAAUAUUCCCUAAAAUAGCUUAACUCUUGUUCACAUGUACACAUAAAAUAAAAAUAGAUAAAAUAAACUAUGUAUAUCAAA